AUGCCGAGGAACACUCAUUAUUCCACAGACGACCGUCCUUCGUCCUCCAGGCGCGAUGAUGACCGCAGCUAUGCUCGUCGUCGUUCGUCUCGCUCUCGCUCACCGCCGCCAAGGCGCUCAGACGACAGGGUCAGGGACAGAGAACGAGAUAGGGGACGUUCACCAAGCCCGGGUCGAGACAGACACAGACGACGCCGGUCGUACUCGAGAUCGCGGUCGCAUUCGCCAUCAAGGCGCAACACUGCACGCGACACACGAUCCCGAUCCAGGGACAGAAGGCACCGACGGAAACGAGCGCGUUCUUCAUCCGCUUCCUCAGCCUCGUCCGAGGAGGAUGACACUCGGUCAAGGCGGAAGAAAGAUAAACGCAGGGAGAAGAGACGUAGCGGCAGCAAAGAACGUCGGAAGAAGGAGAAAAAGGAAAGAAAAGAAAAAAAGAAACGCUCCGCCAAUUCGUCACAGUGGGGUAAAUAUGGCAUUAUAUCUGACAUAGAUAUCUUCUCCAAGCAGGCGGAAUUCCAGACCUGGCUUGUCGAGGAACGAAAGAUAAAUCCAGAAACAAUCACCAAAGACCAAGAGAAGAAGGAAUUCAGCCGCUUUGUCGAGGAUUAUAACACCGCCACCUUGCCUCAUGAAAAGUACUAUAAUAUCGAAGCUUACGACAAGCGAAUGAACGCCUUGCGACAAGGAGAGUACCUGCCUCCCACAGACGAUUUCUAUGACUUUGAGGCCGACCUGAAGGCAGCCAAAGGCGCGCACAAGAAGAAACCGGUCGAACAAGAAUCCUAUCUGAGUCGGGAGGAACUGAUGGAACUUAGAAAGGUGCAACAAGAACGAGUCGAGCUCGGAAAGAUGAAACUGCUGGGUAUGGACAUCAAAUCAACCUAUGGCGUCCGAAUGGAAAAGACCGAGUUUGACGAUUGA